AUGGAGUUUUUGCAUAGCGUGAUACGUCUCUCCGCCAUCAACAAUGAAGAUCGAGAUAGAAGUAUGAAAAAUCAUGCGUUCCACUUCUAUGUAUCUGAAAGAAAUUUUAUUCAUCCUCGUCAGAAUACGUCGUACUCAGAUUCAGUUGUAGUAACUAACUACAUACAAACAUAUUUUAUUUUCGUGCUUCACUUUCACUACGUAUUCAUAUUCAGUACUCAUCCGAACAUGAACAAUGUAGUAAGUCAUAAUUAUUCGUCCUCAACUGUUUCCCGUCCAAGGUAUGUGCAUGAAGAUCUAGAAAUCGUAAUUUUUGCGCCAUGUAGUUUUAUGUUUUAGUUGCUUGUUGUUGUACCACCUAAAAAGAAAAGUAAGAAUCAAUAUCAAUCGUGAAUCAAACAAACAUCAAAAAGCUGUGGUGUAGUAAAGAACAUGAGAAGUGAAAGUGUAAAGACUUCAUCAAAAUUAGAAGAGUACCUAUUCAAAAUUUGAAGAGUCUCAGAAUCGGAGUGACGGACAAUAUCAAUUAGAAGUUGGAAAAUGACUGCAUAGACUUGCAAACGACCACUUGAUGUUGAUGUUCGAGCAUCAUUUAUUAUGACUAGACUAUGUAUCAUUGAUUGGUGAAGAACAGAAAAU